UGAUGAUAGGUUUGGCUAUAUCUCUGGAUAGGUGUGGUAUCAUACCUUACUGGAGCUGGUUGUAGGAGUACCAUUUAUUCUGUUAAAAAAGUGUCUAAAAUUCAGUUCUGUUUGUUUCAGCAAUGGAAAAAUUUUUGUAUUUUCUUAUUUUUAUUACAUUAAGUGAGUAUUAUUUUAUUACUAUCAUAUUAUAUAUAAAUUUAAAAAAUAUACCUCUUACAAUUAUUAAUUUCUUUUAGCUGUGUAUGCACAGAAAAUGCACUUAGAAAUUUCCACCUCUCUUCGAGAAUGUUACGAGAAUAAAUAUCUUCGGAAAGAAUACAGAUUACCACAUACUUUAAAUCAUUUCUUGCCCAUACUUCGCAAAAUUGAAGAUACAGAAGGGUUUAACAGGGAUUGGAGAAGUUUAUCUGUAGCAAUCUUACAUCGGUUUCGACAAGAUGGAAUUGCUCCAAAUCUCGUGUUAAUUCACAAAUGGAAUAACAACUUAUGCACCAAUCUCUUUCAAUUCUUUCGUCAUGCUCAAACUCUACGGCUUAUACCAGGGAAUGCCAUGUUAUUUAAUAAUAGUAUCACCGAUGUUGAAAGGUGUACUUUACACUUUAUGUUAUCAAGUACCAUUGAUGUUUUUUGAAAGGGGAGAUGAAGCAAAGUUUGUAGAAUGCAAAUACAAGAAAGAUCUGUAAGAAGCAUGUUAAGGGAUAAUAAACUCCGACUGAAUACUAUCAAUGAUGUGGAAACAUUGUCAUCAAAGACUGUAAGUUUAACAAGAAAAAGUAUGAAUCACCAUAAAGAUAACGGUGUUAAAGCAACGAUUGAUCCAAAUUCGCUGUAUCCAGAAUUCACACCUAAUCAUCCUGACAGUGCACGACUAUCUACAUUACCACAUCUUAGCAAAUGUCCUGUGGAAAAUGGAGUUAUAAAAACUGAGUGGGGUACACUCUCUCCUGGUUUAGUCCUGGCUGGAAUAGCUGCAGCUACGCAACCUGAAAUAACUACGCUUAAUUUAGAGCCUGAUACAGUUCAGAAGAAGAAUAUAAAUUUAUCAUUAACUUUGGAUAAUAAAUGGGUUGCUACUUUAGCUGGAGACUUAGCAGAGGUAGCUUUAAGGCAAGGUCCAUACCAUGGAUCCACAAACAGACAAACUUAGGCUUGGAGCAACUGGUACAAUUCCACCGCUUUACCACGUUGGUACUUUUUAAGUUCCAAUGAAAAAAAUGAAAUGACAACGGCAGAAAUCAGAGGAGAUUUAGAUGGCUUAAUCUUGGCUAAUGAAAUUAGUAAAUGGUAUUCUAAAAUACCCAGUUUGAGACUUUCACAGAUAUUUGAUAUGUACUACAGCUCAUUAGGAUUUUUUGAUUCUGCGAUUAGAGCAUGCAACCGGAACACAUUAUUUACAGCCGUUGCUCCUAAUGAAACAAUGGUUGCACAGACGUACAGCGCUGCUUUAUUGUUAGAUCCUUACAUAGCACAAGCAACAAUAGAACCUGCAGUAAUAGAAAAGCUUUCGGUACAAGCAGUAAAUGAAUUAGCAAAAUAUGUCCCUUUGUCAAUGGGGAAAGAUCCCUCGUGUAAGGCUACUGACACAAUCGCUUGAUUUGACCAGAUAUCUGUUGAUUUGACAAUCAUUCUGGAUACAAAUUUGGAUCUUGCUACAAUAAAACCUAUUCGUUGCGUAAAAAUCAAUCGGUUUAAUUCUAAUUUCACUUUAAUAAACGGAGGGGAUGGAACUCCAAUUAUUAACGUACUGGAUAUUUUAGAUUUUCAAGCUUAUAAUUCAUCACAUUAUGAAGACAGUCCUUACUCAUGGUUUGAUUUACCCAAAUCACUGGAAAAAUUAAAUUGGUACUUGAAAAAAACUGAGCAACGAACGUAAUCGUGAUGGUGUGCAAGGUCCGAUGUUGUCUUAAUUAUUCCACGUGUGCCAGUAUAUUCCCAAAACUGUAAGGAAUUCUGUUUACAACGCAUUUCACAUAUGCGAAAAUUAAUUCCAGAUACGGUAUUGCUUAUUGCCACAUAUGGAUCAAAAGAUACCUGGUCCGACUUGGUAAAAAAUUCUGCAACAGACUUAUUUUCUAUCACAACUGGAGAUACUCCAAGUGCUUUAGCGCUAAUAACCGAUAUUGUUGCAAGAAUAAAACAAGUUCCUAAGGCGCUUGAUCAAUACACAUGUGGAUCAGACUACGUUUCAACUGGACCUUCAAAUCCAUACACCGAUUACGUAACGCCAAACGGUAUCAAUUUCAGAUUACAUCCCAAUUACUUUUUAGCACCUGAACAUUCUGCCACAAUAAAGAUUCAACAAAGUAGCUCUGAUAGUUUGACUGUGUGUUCCUCGCGGGAAGUAUUACAAAUGAAUGCAACAGAUUCAUCUACAUCAUGCGCAUCGAUAACUAAUGAUGUACACAGCAUUACAGUAUCUUGUGCUGAUGCUACUUUUAUUCAUGAUUGUCCACCUUAUAUAUCAGUAAGUGCCAACUCUUCAAGAAGUUCAUAUCAAUGCACAGGGAAUCAUCGAUUCUGUAGAUUUCCUAAUUCAGUAAAAUAUACGAUAUCUUACGAAAAUUUAAUAUGUACUAGUAGUGCAACUAAAAUUGCAUUCAGUUCUCUUAUUUUAAUCGUAUGUUUAGCUUUUUAUUAAGUAUAAUAUUAUAUCAAUCGAUUUCAUGUGAAUCCAUUGCUAGAAUAAUUAUCUUGUAAGUUUUUCUAUGGUAUUCAAAUGAUAGUUAAUAGCAUUACGCGUUAAAUGUGUUCAUUUUCGUUUGCUGACAUUCCAUACUAAACUGAAGCUCGUAUUUACCCACUUAACUUUACACGAUACAUUAACGACGACAUCAAAAUGUAAUUACCUAUACGUAUUAUAUUAUUAUAACAGAUUGAACAACAAUUGGUACAUACUUUUUUAGAAAUAUAUAUUACCACAUAUUAUGUGACAAAUAUAUUAUGCCUCAAACAAAAAGGUUUACAGAGAGUAACCGUAUGAUCUACUCCGCAA